AUGCUCUCGCCAGCCCCAUGCCUUCAGUCACAACCCAAAGGGCUUCGGUCACUUGAGUCCGAACAUGAAACCGACUGUCAAACAGAGAAUUUCGUCGUUUCUCCGCGCUUGAUUGCGAAUGUCAUCAGCGGCAAUGAAAAUGAUCUUAGCGUUACUUGCCGGAUUACCACGAUAACUCCCGAUGCAACCACCAUACUCAAAUCUUUGUCAAAGUCUGGCAGCGAGGCUGAUCCGGAGGAAGAAAAUACUUCCACCAUAAAGUUGGAAAAUGCGGCCCAUUUGCCAAUCUCCGGGCGUACGCGCAGAGCCAAGACCUGCAAACUACAACUCCGGACCUCGUUCUCCGAUCCAGAGACAAAAUUGUCAUCAGUAUUGAGCAAGCGUACAAAGAAUAAAGUGGCUCUUCUUGGUAAUGGCUCAGAAUUCCACGACAGAGAAUAUUGGGAAAUUAAAUCGCCAGAGGAGCUUGGCUUGCUUUCUGCCCUUUUUGGGUCAAAAGGAACGAAGCGCUCCCGGCAUACGAGAAUUGAAUUAUGGAUACCGGGAAAUGUCGGCGACAUCGAUCUUGACUUUUCAGGUCCCAAGUCAAUGAUGUUCAGAACCAAACUGGGGAGUUAUAAUCUGGCCUGCCAGAAGUCACAAAAGCAAAGAUCCGAUAUCAAUCCCGUUCCACCAAACUCGACAGGCAUGGUCCAAGGUGGAGACAGCAAAGUCAUUACCUCCUGCAAUCGAACUCCUUUCAACCCUAGUGAGAAAGCUUUCGUAUCACUGGGCACGCUCGGAAUUCCCUCAUCAACAUCAACUAAGUACAAAAAUGAGGUUGAAUGUGUUCAAAAGCCCCUUUACAAAAUUAUGCCUCUCGAGAUUAUACAGCAUCUAAGGGAAGAUAGCUCACUAUGCCCAGCAUGGACGGCCAAGGGAACCCGAUGCCGCAUCCGACAUUCUACAGGACCCAGCGUCCCGUCAAUUGCGAAUUUGGCUUCCGUGGAGAUUAGUGGGCUUUUCUCACAGAUCCAGCGCCUCAUACAUGUGGCACUUUGUUCAACGCACCGGAGGGUCGCAUUACGUGACCUUGAAGGGUGGAAACCAGAUUUUGAGAAACUCUCCAAGGUUCAAGGACCUCAAGACAGCCUCUCCCCUCAUGACUGGCGGCUACUGGCUAUUACUAGCUGGAUUUGCUUCGUAAGCAAGGAGGCAGCUUCUCAAAAAGACAAAAGCCCUUCACCACUGCCAAGGAUAAAGCCAGACCUUGAGAGCAACCCAAUUCAGAUCAAUCCAAUUCAGAUCAAUCCAAUUCAGAUCAAUCUAAUUCAGAUCAAUCCAAUUCAGAUCAAUCCAAUUCAGGAAUUCAAACCCUAUAUUACUACGCCUCUCGCAGGGGGGCUGGCCAAAAGUAUAGCGAAACUCCUUACUAAGCCUCUCCUGCCGAGCGAAAUCAACCAAGAAGGGUUCCUCUACAUUUUCUGGCAAAAAGGAAACUUUGGACACCUGAAAAUUGGACGUUCUGCAGAUGUGGUUCGCCGCCUCAAAGAAUGGGCGAACCAAUGCAAAAAGGAAAUCGGUGCACACUUCCCGGAUCUUAACGGAGGUGAGGGCCACGAGGAUUGGCAAAAGGUCCCGCAUAUCUGUCGUGUGGAAGCCCUGGUGCAUAUGGAACUGCUUGAACAAAGGAGAAUUGAGAAAAAAUGCCCUGGUUGCUCCAGGUCCCACAAAGAGUAUUUCAAGAUUACGCCGGAAAAUGCAAUUCAAGUGGUUCGGAAGUGGAUCAGUUGGAUGCGAUCCCUCCCAUAUGAAAAGCGUACUAUAGGAGGGAAAGAGCAAUGGGUGCUCAAGAGGGAAGAAUCGAAGCGUUUGGCUGAUUUGUGUCAACCGCUACAGCUAACGUCAACACCUCGCUCUUUGCCCGACAAAGAGAGGAUAGCUUCUCUUCGCCCCCGUCUUUCGCUUCCCAGUACAGUGAGAAACGAAGGGCGGCGAAGGGGGAGGAAGACAAUAUAG